UUUCGAACGGCCAGUCGUCUCUGUUCUGUCAGUCAGAUAUGGCUCGUCGGCCCAAAAAGUCGGCGCUGAUGCUGGCGGUAACGAUCGUUACGCUCAGCUUAGCGAGCUUAGUGAAUCGGUGUUCUGGCGCAAGUAGCAGCAGCGGCGAGCUCGACGAUCUGAACGCGGAUGAAAGCAGAAAUUACCGCGAGUUGUUGAAUAUCCCGAAAUUUGGCGACCGGUUAGCGCCCCGCAAUCGACCGCACGUGGAAGAUGGAGGUACCGGCGCGAUCGCGAGUGUCGUUGGGCCUUCGGUGGCCAACGCGGGUGGAAGCAAGUUCCGACGACAGCCCGGACCCGGGAAUGCGUACCCCGGGGUGACAUAUCGCAAUGCGGGAAGAUUCGGCGCUGGUGUGGCAAGUGUGGUGCCGGGUGACAGUGUGAGUGAAAAUCACGAAGAAUUGCACACGCUGGUGAAUAAUGAGCACGAUAUCAAGAGAAGUGAUGUUCUGGUGACUGGGGUUGUGCAAAAUUUGGAGGAUACAAAUACUGGCAGUGAGUACUAUGCGGGGGCCGAUGAAGAUGACGAAGAACAGAACGAACCAGAUCAUGAAGAUGAUGAAGAGCAUGAUGGUGGUGAUGAUGAAGCUGAUGAAGAAGAGUUUGAAGAGGUCGAAGAACCAGACCAUUUCGAUGUGCAAGGAAGAAGUGCUAUCAAUGGUGGCUUGGAAGAUCAGCAUAUUUUGCUGGAGAGUGCUAAUAUUAGGGAUAACAGUUUGGCACAGCUGGUCGGUCAGCUGAAUGUCAGCGGUAGUAGUGCUGGUGCGAACGCAUCUUCGGCGCAAGCCCAUCGAUUAGAAAUGUCCACCGAAUUUUUCGUAGUGCCAUCGACAGCGUCCACGGCUGCUUCUCGUUCGACGACCGUGCGUCCCGGGGGUGUAAUUCUGGCGGCUCGUAAUCCACCGGGUCAUCAUAAUAGUAACAGUAAUACGCACAAGCUGAACGUUACACCUCCGACAAUCAUUGCGGCAAGCUAUCCGAGCGGACUGCGGAAAGAACCUUGGGUGGUGCCUGUUUUGGUACUUGCCUGUCUGUCGAUGAUCAUGAUGGCAGCUUUCGAGAUAUUUGUGUUGUGCAAAGCUUGGCGUACAUCUCCCAGCCGGCGCCAUCUGUUCCUCGGUCAAAUGUUGCUUCUCGGACUGUUUUCGUGUUCCGGCCUCGCAGCUGUUCUCACCAUCAAUCCAACGAUUCUUUCCUGCGCUACGAUGCGCUUUGGGGCUGGAGUUGCCUUUGCCCUCGUGUUUGCCUCACUCUUGGUCAAGUGCGUCUUCUUGAUCAGUCUCAACGGUGGAGUGUAUUUGCCUGCGCCCUAUCAAGGGCUGCUGCUGCUCUUCGCAGUGUUGAUUCAAGUUGCCGUUGGAGCUCAGUGGCUUCUGACGUCACCGCCUAGUGUAGAUCAGGUUCCCAUAUCUGGAGGCACGGCUGUUUCCAGUCGAUACCACCUUCUGCUCACCGCUGGAGACCUGACCCACGUGAAUCCAACAAUCCCGUUGUGUCACACAACCUUCUCGGAGCUGCUCUUUUCCUUGAUCUACGUGGUGUUCUUGAUCAUAUUCGUGGCCAUUCUGGCAAUCAAAUCGCGUGGCAUUCGGGACAACUAUCGUGAAGCAACGUACAUCGGUUUGGCCGUCGGUGGCAUCAUUCCCAUCUGGCUGGGGUGGACCCUUUGUGGACUGGCCGUGGCCGAUCGGCAUCGUGACGCGUGCCUUGCCUUCGGACUUGUGGCAACGGCUUCCACAGUGUUCUUGGUGAUGUUUAUGCCGAAGGGGCGCCAGCUGGCGGCCAUGGGCAAAGAAGGCCUUUACGUGGAAGACCGCGAAGAACGGUUCAGCUCGUUGAGCCGCGCCGGAUCCGGAUAUUCGCCGUCGUUCUUCCACUUCAAACCGAUCAAGUACGGGGUCAUGGGGGCCUCUCCGACGCUGCAGACUAACAACGGGACCGUGGUGGGAACGACGACCACUUCCAAGCACCAAGCGGUUGCGACACUCGGCGGAGAUCGCGUUGCACUGGUUACGGCGGCACCCCCGAGCUACACGCCACGCAUGUAUCAUUACUUUCCAGCACACAUGACACAUCCCUUCUGUUACUAUCCCCCGCAGCAGGCACGAUAUCCAGGUCUGUUUAUGCGUCCGGACGAGGCCAAUCUGUACACAACCCUGGAGCAAACGAUGAGCAGUAAUCCGAACGUGUACUUCCAGCGAGGUGGCGGGGUCCAUCCGGGGAUGAUGUACUAGAACAAUAGAUAAAAAGGGAAAGAGCGAUGGUUCCUACAAAGCAAAUAUAAACGAGAAACAAAGCGAAAGACGCCCGAGAUGUCCGACUCCACAGAGGACGUUAGACCUCAGGUUUCGGACCAUUCGGUUGAUCGAUUGAUAGUAUUUUUGGAGCAACACCCAACCACCGUAAACGCUGCCGCCAGAGCCGCCAAAAUGUUUGGAUUCAGUAGCAAUACCACAUUACCAACACUGCUGAAAAAGGAGGACGGAAGCGCAGACGAAGGCAGACGAAACAAGUGAUUUUAGUUUUAGUAAGAGUUGAUUUGUAAGGACACCCGAGGAGAUCCCGAAAUGCUUCUUCCAACCCUCUCCAGCCCUUUGAGUAGAUAAGAGUACGCAACCAGUAUACCCCGCUAGGAUCUGCUACUUUCGACUUCAUUAGAUUUUAAGUUAACCCGAGAAAAUGUGAUCUCUCAAAGCAGACGGUAAAAUAGGAGGAAAGCAGAGACGAAACGAGACCUACAACGAGGCACAUGCAUCUGGGCUAGGUUUGCGCAACCUAAGCUCAAAAAAAUGAGCGAAAAAAUAAAACCAUUCACCCCAGACCACCCCAGAAAACCCUUUUGGGUGCACAAGGAUUACAUCAUUUUGAGCCAGUUUUUUUCCCUCGGCAGCCGAAAAGUAUGAAAGUGAAAACGCGAGAGAUUCCGAUAGAGAGCCAAAAGGCAAAUCCAACACGCACUCGUUCAUCAAUCAGCAAUCAAUAGGAAUUAGGUUAAUCUAAAUCAAACGAACUUGAACGGACCAUUUUUCUCAUUUCAGCGCCCUUACAAGAUAGAAAAACUAUAGACUAAGAAACUCAGUGUUCAUUUCCAUUCCCAGUCCUAAAUGGCCCCAGUAGACUUUGAAAGACUUGUAUGUUUAUAGUUCAACAACACUCAUAACACGGUGACGAAACUGAGCCACACUUCAUUCCAUUUAGUUUUAAGGAAACUUUAGGUUAAUGUGUUCAGCCGUUGAACAGCGACGCGUGAACGAAACUCUCUCUGUGAAUGAAUUUAUCCGACAGUUCUAUAAUUUUAACAAACUUCCUUCGUGGAACUACUAGACUACCUUCCCCAAGAAAAUUUUCCCCUUUCAAGUCAAAAUCCAACAAUUGCGAAUAGGGUGUUUUACAAAUUCGGAACCACCCUGUCCCUUCCCUUCUAGUAUAAUUUUUACUCUUAAGUGGAUUAGAAUGUGAAAAAUGAGAUGCGGAGAAAUGGAACGCAACACAAAAACCCCG